AUGGACCGCCGGAAACGCGAGAGUCGGUCAUAUGUUGAACAGCUAGAGAAGCGAAUUGAAAAAAUGCAGGAGCAAUUGGAGAGUUUGACUAGAUCUGGAACUCAAAUCCAGCGAGGCGUGGAGAAUACCCGACGUUCAACUUCGCCGGGCUCGUCAGUCGAGAGCAAUACUAAUUACGGGGAUCCAGAAGACCCGACAGACGGAGACAAUAUUCCUGAAAUGCCUCAGGUACCAUCUGAUAAGGGUCCUCACCCUCCCGUUGAGAACGAUCAAUCUAUUGUCAUCGACGCACAGGACGGGAAAAUGCGCUAUUUUGGGGCUUCGUCUGCAUUUUCUGCACUAACAAAUGCCGAAUUAAAUGGGCUAGAGGCACAGCCGGAUAUUGGGGUCUGGCGACGCGCACCUCAAAGAAGUGCUAACCCAUGGCAACUUUCAAGCUGGAUUCCUCAAAUUCUUCGAGAUGGCCUUGAACGGCGCAUUUUCGAACCUCUACCAUGUAAGGACACAACUGUCCAACUAGCGCGAGAGUACUUUGCAACCUUUAACCAAGCACUUCCUCUUCUUGAGGAGGCCUCGUUCAUGAAGUCCGUCGACAGACAAUACUCAUGGAAUCCCGAUAAUAGUGCGUCAUGGUGGAUCUCUCUCAACAUUGCUCUGGCCAUAUCAUACAGAGAAAGGGCGCAUGCAUCUUCUGAUGCUAGUGACAACUGGAAAAAGUCGUUGGGACAUGUUAAGAAUGCCUUGAACGCUGUCGUUGACGUCUUCCUCCAAAACACUGACAUUGCCGCCGUGCAGGGCCUCUUAGGUCUGGCGCUUUAUUUUCAGGGUACACCUAACCCACAAGCCCUACUUAUGUUUGCGGCAGCAGCAAUGCGUCUGGCCCAGUCAAUAGGACUGCAUAGAGAAAAUGGCUCUGGAGCUUCACCCGAGGCGGAGCACAGGCGAAGGGUGUACUGGAUCGCUUUCAUACUUGACUCGGACAUUUCCAUCCGGGUGGGCCGCCCGCCGGUCCAGGAUCUCGAAGACUAUGAUACACAUUUACCGACAGAGAAUCCACCUGACGGCAGGGGCGUACUAACGAUUGACGGUACUAGAAUGAAUUACUUCCGUCUCCUUGCUCAACUAGCGCAGAUUCAGCGGCUUGUUUAUAGGAAGCUUUACACGGUGACUGUGUGUGUGUUUCAAGCAAACGCUAUCGAGCGGUCUAGGCAGGGAACGGAUGAGGGUAUUGCGCCAAUUGUUUCACGCUCACUCGACGCAGCACGUUCUGCAUUGGAUCUACUAUCACAUGUACCUUCGCUUGGCUCUACCUACAAGUGGAACAUCAUUUACUUUCCAGCGGCAGCAUGUGUGCCUCUUGCCUUAAGGAUACUCGCACAACCUGCACAUUCAGAUGCUGGGGACGAUCUUUCAGUGGUCCAGGAUGUCAUUAAAUUUCUCACAUGUACUUCUUCCGAGGAGCCUAAUACAUACGUCGACUUUGUAUUGGGCAUGUGCUCUGACUUAGAGCGUUCUGCUAGGAGGGCCUUCUUGACGGCGCAACCUGCCCGCAACCACCAUCCAGCAGUUAUACAGAACAACGAAAAUGACAGGCCUAGUAUAUCUAGCCUUGGGAUCAAUCAAACCUCAGCCCCUAAUAUUUCCGACGCGUUACCGACUCCUUUUGGUAGCGCUUCUGCGGCAAAUAUGGGAAGCGCUCAGUUUACGAAUGUAACGCCACAGGGGCCCUACCCAGAUAUUGGUUUUCUGGGGCCUUUCAACGACGUUGAUCAGGCCGCUAACUGGCAGUGGUCCCUACCACCAUUUUGGAACUGGCAGGAUCUUCUUUCAGGUGCGCCUUCGUUUCCGGUCGUUCCGGGAGUGGAUGUACCUGAGGCCAAUAUGCCAGAUACUUGA